AUGGCACCGGGGGGGACUCUAUACUCGAAUGGAAAGUACUGGUUUUCCUUUUCAGGUCCCAGGAUUGACUACAUUGGUUCAUCCGACGUCAACAAUGGCUGGAUCAACUCUUACGGACAGGCGUGGUGGGAUGCGAACCCAGUGAAUGGCACUGGAAUCGAUGACAGACCCCAUCUGAUGAGCUUCGACACUACGCAAGGAUCCUUGAAAUUUUUCAAAUCUCGGAAACCCAUCGCAUGGAAUGUGCAACUGAAGGGAAACGACAUUGAUGUCAGCCACGCGUUCAUCGAUGCCGAGUCUACAGGCUCAUUUCCGUUCAACACAGACGGCUUUGAUGUGACUGGCACCAAUGUGCGCAUUACCGAUAGUGUGAUUUACAAUGGCGACGAUGCUAUUGCUGUGCAGUCAGGAUCACACAAUGUUGUCUUCCAGAGGAACACUAUCGGGUACCAAAGCCAUGGCAUGAGUAUCGGCUCCCUUGGGGAAGACCAGUCAGAGUACGCUCAUGUCUCGGACAUUCACUUCGAAGAUGUUACUGUAAUUGACGCUGUCUAUGCCUCUCGUUUCAAGUCGUGGAUGGGUGGUCAAGGCAUCGCCAAGAAUAUUACAUGGAAGAACAUUCGUGUUUAUAAUGUCACUUUCCCCAUCUUUGUCACUCAGAGUUAUUCCAACCAGGGUUCUUCUCAGACUCAACUUGGUGGCGGAGUGACCUCUGGACGAGCAAAUAAUGCUUCUGUUGUGAUGCAGGACUUUGUCUGGUCUGACUUUACAGGCACUGUCAACACCUGGAGGCCUGGUGAUGGUUCGUGCGUCUCCGACCCGUGCUGGUACGAUGUUGGCUUGCCCAAGCUCAAACAUACAGAGGCUGUCAUUAUCGAAUGUAAUACCAACUCCUCGUGCCAGAACUUUCAGCUGCGCAAUAUUGAGGUCAUUCCUCAGAAUAUGCAACAACCCACUGUGAUUUGCAUCAAUGUGACUGCCCAACUGAAUUCCCAACUGGGUUUCAACUGUCGAAACGGCACCUUCUCUCCGCUCAAAAUAUAG